AUGAACGUCGGCAAGAAAUUUGGUAGAGUCAAGCAAUGGGCUGGAGAGAAGAUGGGACAAGAGUCCAAGACUGAAGUUUCGGAUGAAUUCAAGUCUUUGGAGGGAGAAAUGCAAAUGAGACAUGAGGGAAUGGAAAAGUUGCAAAAGUCCAUGACGAUUUAUGUCAAAUCACUUUCGAAGCGAAAUGAAGGAGAUGACAGAGAAAAGAUCUUGCCAGUAGCAUUCAUGGGACAAACAAUGAUACAUCAUGGAGAAGACUUUGAACCGGAUUCCGAGUUUGGAAAUUGCCUUAUUGCUAUGGGUAGAACGAAUGAGAGAAUUUCGAGACAGCAGGAUACAUAUGUUGUGGACGCAACUUCGAGUUGGCUCGAAUCCUUGGAGAGAUCUUUGGCUCAAAUGAAGGAAUAUCAGUCUGCCAGGAAGAAGCUCGAACAAAGACGAUUGGCUUACGAUGCCUCCCUUUCCAAGAUGCAAAAGGCAAAGAGAGAAGAUUUUAGAGUCGAGGAAGAACUCAGAUCACAAAAAGCGAAAUAUGAAGAAUCUAGUGAAGAUGUUUACAGAAGGAUGCAAGAUAUCAGAGAGGCAGAGGCGGAAAGUGUUCAAGAUUUGGGAGCCUUUUUGGAAGCCGAGCUCGAAUAUUACGACCGUUGUCGUGAUGAACUUUUGAAAUUGAAGAGGGAAUGGCCAGCUGCACGAGGAUCAGCGGCACAACCACCACGUCAACCUAGACGCCCAGAAGCACGACCUCGUUCCAACACAGCUCAUUCAUACAGUGAGAGAUACUCUACAUAUGAAGAACCUAUCCCAGAGCUAGAAGCUCCACGUCCAUCUAUCCGAUCCAACACUCCUCGUGUUAACACAACUCGAGUUGCCUCAACAUCAGGAAUUGGUAGAAGAGAGGAUCGAAGGGAGGAAUAUUCCCCCCCAAGUUCCCCACAGCGUCCAUCAAUUGGUCGAUCGUCCACAUUCCAAGGCCCAACAACUCAUUACCGCGAAUCUCCUUCUUCGAAUCGUCUUAAUUCUCUUCCUCCUCCUUCAGAUGCUGGUUCUUUACGCGCAUCUCUAAGACCAACUGCCAGGACUAAUAUCAUUUCAGCUGAUUUAUUUAAUGAUCCAAGUGAUGAUUCAACUCUUAACAGCAAUAGCCCAGAUAGAUCAUACGGUGCAAGAUCAGUUAGUCCAGCUACUAGUCAUGGUAGUAAUUCUACGCCAAACUCGAGAAGAGCUCCACCACCUCCUCCCAGUAGAGCCAAGAAACCGGCUCCUCCUCCUCCUAUGAAGAGAGCGGAUAUGACUUCGGUUAGUGUCAAUAGUCGUUAUUAG